AAUUUAAUAUAAAGAUCAGUUAAAGACAUAUGUGCCAGAAAGGUGACGAGUGUGAAUACUACAAUAGACAUGUAUGUACCAGAGUGUUAUGUCCAAGGUGACAAGUGUGAAUACUUCUUUCGGAAGUGGAGCUAGCUUUAUGCGUGAGUGCUAGAAGGAAUCACUGUAAUUCUCACUCACAAGAUCCCCCAGGCACGUAUAAAAAGACCCCCACUCUUCCAUUCCAUGGCUCGAUCACUGGGACAAACAAGCCUUUGGCAAUGGAGAAGUUUGUAGCUCUCGUUCUCGCUGUUCUUGUUCUAGCCGCGAUCGCAAGGAGCGAAGGGGCGACUUGCAACACGAUCCAGCUCGCGCCCUGCCUCAGUGCCGUGCAAAAGGGUGGAGCUACCAAGACUCCAUCUACAUCCUGCUGUUCUAACAUCAAGAAGUUCACUCCCAAGUGCCUGUGCGAUAGCGUCCAGAGCAGUCUCGCUCAGAAGUACAAUGUGGACAUCCCCACCGCGCUCACCAUUCCCAAGCGCUGCAACGUCAACUUUAAUGUUCCCCCCGACUACACCUGCGCUGGGUACCAGGUUCCUCGUGAAGUUCCAACUUGAGCUUCCAGGAGCGUAAAGUUCCCCGGGUGUCUAAAUAAGAUUUUAGAUCAUAGUGAUCUGGAAAACUUGUCGGUAUGACAGCAAUCGAUCAGUAUGUACGAGAAAGAAGAUGCAAAUAGCGAAUGCUUACGUUUGAGCUCGUUAGA